CACUGUGCUCGGCAUUCGCCUGGCCUGUCCUCGCUUGCAUUUGUCCCCCUCAUUUUUCUCCCCCCCCCGCCGGCGCCGCCCCUGUCCCAUCGUCUGUCUGGCUUGCCGGGCCCGGGGCUUCCUCGACAUCUUGUGGCCAUGCCCGCCGGGCCUGUCGAAGACUCUCCGCCUGCACCGGGCCCCCCUUCCGGCGAGGCGGUCAUCCCUGUGGCGGACUUCUGGCCCUGGGCCCUGAGCUACAUCGGGGAGUAUGUCCCGGCAUUGCAAACCAACGUCCAGGAGGUGGCAUCGCCAGUGUCCCUGGCGGACGCCUGGGUCCCCUGUUGUGGGGCAUGCGGGUCUUCCUCGGAGCUGGCCAUGGCCGAGCCGCCGAGGCGGCGCGUGCGCAGCUCCAGCCCGGCGGUCUUCCGAGUGACCAACACCCGCUGGUGCGCCACCCAGUCCGGGUUCUGGUAUGACAAGUGCCCCGGCCAGCCGGCCGGCUCUCGGCCGUCCGGGCUGCUCGGUGAGGGGCCCUUCUACCACCGGGAUUUUCGAGCACACCGGGGCUUUGUUCCUGGCGAUGUGCCCGGCAUGCCGGCCGGCCCGGGCUCUCGGCAAUGGGGCUGCCCUCAAGAGUGGGGCUGGUCCUGGUCUCCCCCCGGGCCGGAUGCUCCCUUCCCCGGCCCCGGGGCGGAGAUCUUCCUGAUCGGGACCUUUGCCCUGCGUUUGGACAUCAUCUACCCGGGCCAGCGGGUCCCCGGGCGCAUGGCCCCUCCGAAGGAUCGAUCUGCCGGCUACACCGACCUCCUGGUCAAUGAGUGGCAGAUCCUCGAGCGUGUCCAGGGGCAGCCGGGCUUUCUGACCACCGUGGUGUCCAUCGACCGGGAGAACCCCCUCGCCGAGGGCACGCAAACGACCAUGACCAUGCGGCUGACCGAGGACUGGAUCUGCACGCUGGAAGAUGUGCUGGCUCGGCUGGAUGCACGAACGGCCCACCUGAGUCAGGUGCAGGCGCGCUUCCAUCGGCCGGCCGAUCCGUCCGCCUGGCCGCCGCUCUUCCCGCAUUUGGUCUUCCUUGGCGCCCGCGAUGCGCUCCGACCAGCGGUCUGCCCUUUCACCCAGCUUCCACCCGGUCUCCAGGUCCUGCCGGCGACGCUCACACAGCACUUCCCGGACACUCUCCUUGCGCUUGAGUUGCUGGCACAAGUUGUUAGUGCUCUGGUUCUUCUUCACAAUAUUUCGGUGGUUCAUGCAGCCAUCCGCCCACGAAGCAUCCUCCUGACGGUGGGCGACCCGCAUCUCUUCCCCUCGAGUCAUCCCUGCCAGGGGCCUCCCUGUCGGCCGACCCUGCGGGCCUGCUUGGACUCCUUCGAGUGGGCGGCCAUCAGCCGGAAUCUUCUGGUGCCGGGGGUUCCGCGCGCCGGCGGGUCCCGGUAUCUGGCACCCGAGCUGCUGGUGGCUGACGACCUGCCCAGCAGCCCCGAGGCUCCGCCCCCUGGGGGACGUCUGACGCCCAAAGCCGAUGUCUACGCCCUCGGGGUCAUCCUUCGACAGUUCCUGCCCCUCUUCGAAGCCGAAAGGGCGCGCUUUGCGGAAAUCCCCGACCCGGACGCCGACCAGGUGCCGGACUUUGUGGCACUCGCCCAGGACUUGGUGGCCAGAAUGACCGAGGCCCGGCCAGCCCUGCGGCUAACCAUGACCGAGAUCCUGCUGCACGACUUAUUCGCAUGCACGCAUACUGCACGUGGGGGAAUCGAGCGACCCGGCCACCCAUGAAAAUGGAGUGCCCCCUGCCUUUCUCCCUUGGUGUCGACCAUGCCCCUGUCACAGACAGCCCGGAAGUGAGAGGAAGGGCGGGGAGAUGUAUAUUGCAAAAGGGGCAGGAGAGCCGCCUCCAAAGGGCAAUGUCGACCGGUGACUGUCUGUCCUCUUUGCUGAAGGUGCACGCGUGGGAGGAGGAGUGACAGACGGGGCCGUGUGAAAGGAAAAAGGAGAAGAGGACAUGUGCUCAGAGGAGCGGGAGGGGGAGGGGGGGAGGGGAGAGCGUCUUGCGCCGCCGGAAAGCCGACGGAGGGGGGGCGAAUGAAGAUAGGGUCGGGUCCGGCAUUGGCAUCCAUGCCUCUCUGCAGGGGAAGAAGGGGGGGGGGGGGCGGGGGCGGGGAAGG